GAUAUGUGUACAGUUGUGAAAAAAAUCAAACUUAAAUAGUGUGCAUAUUCAAGUUGUUUAUUAACAUGUUAAAAACGUACAUGUAUAUUCGUGGUGUUACGUUUUAUGUUUUGCCAUACAUACUUUAUGUUUGAUCAAGUGACUUUCAUAUAUGGAUUAUUUUGUGUAUUGGUACAUAUGACAAACUUAAAUUAUUGUUUAAUACGCAAGGUCGUACGGUGAUUUGCAAUUCAGUGAGACAAUAAAAGGUAUACGGAAAGGAAGGUUGUCUAGCAACGCACAGAGGAGCGCAAAAGAUGAUAGUUGCCUAGCAACGAUUUCCAGCAGUGUCAGAACUUUACCAACGAGCAGACUAAUAUUCUGGAUUAAUAAAAACAACAAAACUGAAGUUGGUGUUGGCAGGAACGUGUCUAAUGUCAGAUGAAGCCAUAAGCGAUUAAAACGAGAUAGUGAUUUAAAAAGAAAACAUAUUUUGUAUGCUUGUGUAUUUGGAAUAGUAAACGUCCAUGGUUCAACAUAAUUAUUCAUGAACCAACGAAAUUUGAGUACAUUUAAAAGAAUGAAAUUUACGUCCGUGCACAUAGCUGGGAUAGUUCGUUGACGGGAAGUAGUGUCGGGAUACCGGAAGUGAUUAAGAUGUUUGGGGAGCAACGACAUCCGUGUCGCCGGUCUGUUUCACAGCAAAACUUCAGUACAACGUCAAAUGACGAAGGUGUCAACAUGCGAUAUUUUGCUGCGUUUACAUCGAUCCCAGGAAAUAUGAGCAGUUUCAGGCCCGACACCCGACAAUCUUGUCCAAUUUACACAGAAUGGCUGAGGAUGGCAGUGUCACAACGUAGCAGUCUGAAAGAGAAGCUACAAGAAGAUUUCCUAUCAUGUAAAAUCUGCCUGGAGCCGUAUAGGCGGCCGAAGGCCCUGCCAUGUCUUCACAGCUUCUGUGAGCACUGCCUGAGCGAUUAUGUGAGGCGCAAUUCGGGGUCUCGGUCCGGAUACUUUGCCUGCCCCAUGUGUCGAAAAGAGGUGAAAAUACCGCCUGGAGGCAUUCAGGACUUUCAGGACAACUUCAUCCUGCUGAGUCUGUCGGACACACUACACGAGGAUGACAGUGGAGAAAUCUGGCAGAAGGAUGGUUACCCCCUGUCCCCACCCCGUAGUCUUGCCCCUCCCACACCACUAGAGGUGCAACUAAGGCAGUAUGACUGGUAUUUUGGAAAGGUCAGUCGUAAUGCGUCAGAGGAGUGGCUUCUAUCAUCAGGCUACCCAAAGGGCUCUUUUCUCGUGCGACAGGGCGAGGCCUCCCCAGACACGUUGACAUUGUCAGUUCGCGACUGUGAUGAGUUACGUGGGUACCUCGUUAAACACUACAAGAUACUCACAAGACGACAGAACAGGACAGAGUAUUUCUUUAUCACACCGAAACGCAUGUUUGACAGCAUGUCGGAAAUGGUGGAACAUUAUCUAGAGAGCGCAGACGGCCUCUGUUGUAGGUUGAGUCAGGUGUGCAGCAAGCCGCGUUCUCUGUCAUGGGCACAGGACCGAGGAAAGGAAGACGACUAUUCGACUCACCGAGACACAGUUACACUAGUCCGACGCCUCGGUAGUGGACAGUUUGCUGACGUCUGGGAAGCAAAAUGGAAUCAUCAGGAUGUUGCAGUGAAAAUCCAGCGUCAGGAUACCGUAAAAAUGGCAGCGUUUCUUGACGAAGCCCAAAUAUUAAAGACUUUAGAUCACCCAAACAUCCUUAAAUUGCUGGCAGUGUGUUGUGUGAAGGAGCCGGUUUAUCUAGUCACAGAAUAUCUUGAAAAUGGCCGACUGUCUCUGUACCUGCGGGAGGGGAAGGGGAGCGAACUCAAGUUAUCGCAACUCUUGUGGAUUUGUGCUCAGGUUGCGGACGCGUUAUCUUACAUGGAGAAGGAGAAGUUUAUCCACCGCAACCUCGGUGCUCGUAAUGUUCUAGUUGGGGAGAAAAACAAGGUCAAGGUUGCGGGUUUUGGCAUGACCAAGUGUGCUGAUGACCCAGACUUCAACUUUAGACGAGGUCUGAAGAUGGCAAUUAAAUGGAUGGCUCCUGAGGUAUUACUGUAUAAUAAGUAUGGGUCAAGGGCAGAUGUCUGGUCAUUCGGCAUUCUCAUGACAGAAGUGCUCACCUAUGGCAAAGAACCUUAUGAAGGUAUGGGAGGGAAGGAGGCGUUUGAGCAGGUGCAGCAGGGUUAUCGAAUGCCCCAGCCUGAUGGCUGCCCCUUGGAGGUGUAUGACGUGAUCCGCUCCUGCUGGAGCACCAACCCACCGUCCCGCCCGACCUUUGACUUCCUAAACACCUUUCUACAUGACCAGCACAAACCCUCAUGACCCAAGCACCCCCAGGUCCAAAACUGAGUCCCUUUGUGACUUGUACACUAUUUUCCUUCAGUGACAAUGCGGCCCUCUUAAACAAGCGUAUCACAAUAAAGAGGAUCGAAAACACAAGUAUACAAUUAUAUUCAUUUAAAAAUUUAAAUUAAAAGUUAUCUUGAAAAUUCUACAAACUUUGUCUGAAGUGACCAGUUCAAGAUGUUUACUGAAUUAAGUGCUCUGAGCAAUAUGGUAGAAACUCCAUAUAAGCACAAAAGGGGCUACAUCUAUCUUGCACUAAGAACUUGAUUUUAUUACAACUGUCGAUUGGAGAUCUAAACAGGUAAUCCUACAAUAUUUGAUGCUAAGACAGGGCCAUGAUCCCUAUGUGACUUGUAGAUGAAUGUGAUUGUUAUAAUUUUCACAUUACCCUCUUAAAACCCUUGAUAGACUCCCUCCUUAGCCUCUAGUGUCACUGUUGUGAAUUUAUUCUCUGACGCUUUCAUGGAGGCUCUAAAUUUUAGUAUAAAUACCAUCAAUGUGGCUUUUGGUGUCUAUGACAACUGGAAUGUGGAAGAAUAAAAAACUUACCCAAAAUCUGAAAAGUAUGUAAAAGCCAAAAACGUUUUAGUUGAAAGCAGAAGCCCAUAGGAUCCACUACAAGCUACGUCCAAUACUUGACAACAAGCCUGGACUGGGAAAAGUAGAUUUGCAAAGUAUGUAGUUUUGAUGCAGGCAUUUAAAGGCCGAGGAUGGUACACAGAUAAUGACAAAUAAGUCAUAUAUGACAAAUAGGUUCACCUGUGAAAAGUUUUCCUUACGUUUGAAAGUAAGUUGAGAUUGGGAAGGCAAUGAUUUUGUGUCGGAAAAACAAAGAUCCUGAAGAAUACGAGGCUACGCUUAUUGGUUGUGAGAAUCGGGGCGAGGAAGCCCAAGUUUAUUGUCACAAGGGAUACUCCACAUUUACACAGUCUUCUGUGUUCUGAAGGACAUGUGUUCACUGUUCUAUAUUGAUAUACAUGUUAUGAUGUAAAUGUCAUCCUUGUUUAGUGCUUUGCUUUUCUUUUUAGACGGAAGAAAGAACACUUUGAAAUGUUGUGAUAUCUUUGAACUCUCUCUAUAUAUAUAUAUAAAAUUAUAUAAUUAUCUUUUUUUUCAUGUUUUAUGUUGUACAGUUGUAUUCGUAUUGUUGUGACUUACAAAAAGAUGGGCAUGAACAAGGUGCAUUGUGUUUGUACAGCAUGUAAAGAAUAUUUGACUGUAUUCGAUCAUCAUAAAGAAGUAUUUACAUGAUUGUUAUAUAGCUGUGUUGUUUCAUCCAAAAGUAUGUAUUAGAAAAACCACACCAUUAUCAUCUGUUUUAUUUUGAGGCCAGUUCAGAAAACAAAUGGCAUCGCACUUGUUAAAUAGUAUAGAAAUAUUUCAAACUGAACCUGAGAACAUGAGAAAAAACCUGAACAAAUUGUGGAAAAGUGAGGAUUGGAAUAAAAGGUGUGAAAACUGCACAUCAUGGCAGCUUUGUGUGUGAAAACGUGAAUUGUGUGAGAAGCAGGAUGUCUGUGUGAAAACAGGAUCUUGUCUGAAAAUGUGAUUUUUGUGUGAAAAAAGGAUCUUGUCUGAAAACAUGAUUUUUGUGUGAAAAUACUGUAUAAAUGGCAGAGUUUUAAAGAGGCGCGGGGAGAUUUUAUCUGUGAUAAAAACAAUUCCUUCCCUCCAUGGAAAUUAAGGCAGACUAAUUGUUUGUUUUACACACACAUUUCUUAAUUUAGUUCAAUUGUUUUAUUUCAUGAAAUACAUGUAUGUAACUAUGUUCUGUUGUAAUAUUUUUCUUCUAAUUGGCAUUAGAUUUUUGUUAUUUCAUGAAAGUAACAUGUUUAACAUAGAAAUGACCCCUUGUUUCUCUGACUUGUCAAACAUUUGUUGAAAGAUUUUGAAAUUUGAAGCCUGGAGAUAAAAAUAUUCGGGUUUUCUCAGAUUAAUCGGGUUUCAAUAGACAAAAGUUACUUAAGAAAUAAAAGAUUCAAUGACCUGUGACAGCAGCUGAAAUACAACCUUUUUAUUUGUACUGGCAUUGGAAAACCCCAUUUAUGUGAUUUCUGCAUAACAUUUUAUAAGCUUGUUCAAGUAUAUUUGAAAACUUGACACAUGUGCAUUAUUUCUACUUCAUCUUGACAAUGUUUGUGAUUAUGGUAUUUUACAAAAAUCAUUUAGCAUAAUGUGUUCAUGUUUGAAUGAUAACAUUAUUUAACUGAUAAAUGCAUGUAAAAUGGAACCCUUCAUAGCUGUUCUCUAUUUGUCAUAGGUGGUAUGUAGUGAAUAUUAUGAUUGUCGCUUCAUAUACGGGGCUGUAUCACUUCCAUGUGUUUGCCUAAUGGUCAUAUCGCAAGAGACCGAAGGUCAAGUGUGGCGUGUCUUUGUGCAAGCAACAAGAAGUGAAACAAACCCACACAUCAACCUACUAACACAGUAUAGAUUUUAUUUCUUACCUUUUAAGUGUUUUUUAAAAAUAAAAAUGAUAAUAGUUUUCAAUUCUAUGAAAAACAUCCUAUUUCUUACGUGUAUUAUUGUGAAAGUAGAUUUACACAUGUGAAAAGCUCCUGUGUGGUACGCAAUCUGAAAACACUGCAUGUAAUACAGGUUCGUUUUCCUGGCCCCAAUUUCUUGAAACUUCUAAAGUCCCUUAUAACAGGAUUAAGCUACGAUCUCAAUUUUUGUUUUUCAAUAAUUUUUGUAAUACUUACUUCUUUCUUUAACGGUUUUUAUACCUAAGAUAGGAAUUAACUUGAUAUUAAUCACAAUAAACCAUUUUUCAUUCAUCAAAAUUCAAUUUAAGUAUGUAUUUCGGCUAAUUGAAAUAAGCUAAUUAAGCGUGUUAAGCCUAAGAAGUUUCGAGAAAUUGUGGCCUGUUUGCAUAUUUUAUAUUUAAAUCAUGCAAUAUUUUAGAAGAAAAUUUAACAGGUAUAAAAUUUAACAGGUAUGAAAUAACUGGUUAUCUAACACAAAGAAAUGGCUAUAAAAGAAUUUGUCAGUUUUAGCUUACAUCUAAAAUCUAAGAAAUUGUACCCUGUAUACCAUUGUAUUUAAAUAUGCUAUAUAAUCAUCUGUCAGUAUAUUCCAUGUGUGUUUAAACUAAAAUGGAAGAAAUUAUUUCAUGAAAAAAAAACACUAGAAGAUGGACAGAAAAAAAUCACUUGUUUAUGCGUAAUUCACCGGUUAUCACUCUGCGCCCAUUUAUUGACAUUUUCAUGGAACACUGCAGCACUUUUAAGGUGACAUAUCCACAACUAUCAGGGUCUUCAUCCCAAUAUGAGAUUACACUCUCUCAUGAACACAUUGCUUCAUUUGGGAAUCUUUCUGCUCACAUUCAUCUGUAUUCAUUGGCAUUUAACUAAUCAUUCAUUCAAAUUAGGUCCUAUUGGCACAUGAAAGCAGUUGGAAACAGCCUUUGACCACAAAAUUUAGAGUUUAUGAUGUACAUUUUUUUACCCUCUGUGAACAAAAUUUGGAGUAAUUUACUUGCAUGGAUGUCCAUUUUCUUUAGGGGU